GCACCGAUUACGAGUGCUCGCGUAUAAAUUUAUUUGCAAAAAUUGAAAGAUGGCGAAAUCCACGGUUGACGCAUUAGAAAAAGUAAUUAAGAAAUAUAUGACACCCAUAGAGACUAAAAUAGGAAGUGUUCUCACCGAGCUUAAAAAGUUAGAACAGAAAAUAAUUAAAAUCGAAAGUGCUCAGCAACAGUGUAAAAAGUGCCGUCCGUGUUCACCAAGCGAUUGUAGCCCAAACGGAUCGACGACUCCCCAGACGCGCGGAGAAAAUCCCGUAGCAGCGACCAUGCCGACAGUUAUCGCUAACAGAAACUUACCCGCGAGAUCGAGCGUGAGCGCUAACGAUCGCCGCACGUCACUACCCGCUAAAGUGGACAAAGCGGAGAAGACCCCGGUACGCAUUCCUGAUGAUGAUGUCGUGAAUGAAAAUAUAACACCGACACCACCGAUACAGGUGGUUGACUUAAAUAAUUCAUUACACUAUAAAAACAACACACCUGACCCGACUCAACCACCCGAAGACUUGUGCAAUGAGAAAUGGAACAUCGCAUCAUAUUCUAAAGGCCGCAUGCGACAGAAACCAACGCGCGUCUCGAUAACAGGCACCGGACCCUUAGAUAUAAACCUAAAAACGUCUGAGCGAGUCAAAAAACUACAUACUUGUUUUUUUAAAGAAGACACCACUGCUGAGGCGAUCAAAUCAUACAUAACAAAGAAAACGGGCAGUACAGACUGUACUGUUAUUAAGUUACAGCUUAAACACAAUCAUUAUGCGUCUUUCGCAAUAACGGCCCCGCAGAGCUUAUUUGACAGUCUUAUGUCCGCCGAAAUGUGGCCAUCCGGGACAGAAGUCAGCGAGUGGUUUCGAGGCGGCACCGGGCGCGCGAGGCGCGCUCGCCCCUCCCGCCGCGCCCCCGCCACAUCCAACACCAGCGCGGCCUUAUCAGCGCAAAGCAUCCCAAGAAGUCAUAACUACAUGUCACCACAAUAUUAGAGGCCUUAAUAGUAAAACUAGACAAUUAGAAGUAUUGCUGGCCGACGAGCUACUCUGUGACGUGCUAAUUCUAACCGAACAUUUUUUACGCGACUACGAAAUUAUAUCUGUAACAUUAACUAAUUUCGACCUUAUUUCGUACUACUGUAGACCGAAUAUCGAACGCGGAGGUAGCUGCAUUUACGUUAAGUCGCAUAUCAAGGCUAUAAAUAGACCCGAUUAUUGUGAUUUAUCCCGGGAACAAAUAUUCGAUGUAUGUGCUAUAUAUCUCGUAAACGAAAAUAUUUUAAUUGUGGGAAUAUAUCACUCUAAUCUCACUAGCCAUACUGAAUACUUAAAAUUGUUCGACGCGUUACUAACCAAGAUUAACGACGACAAAUUAUCAGCAAUAAUAAUGGGUGAUAUAAACAUCGAUUUACUAAACAAUACUUCGAUAAAAAGACAGCUGUUAGACAUACUAAGUUCACACGGGUUCAGUCAGUACGUCCAAGAUGUGACCAGGCGAGACGGUACAAGUGCUACCUUACUGGACCACGCGUACUGUAACAUUCGCGACGACCGAGUAGCCGCCACCUGUAUAGACACUAAUCUGAGCGACCACG